AUGGAUAUCCAGCAGCAGCAGCAUCAGACCCAGCAGGGUUUGGAUGAGGAGAUGGCCCAGGCUGAAUGCAUGCAGUGGCGGGACCAAUGUUAUAUAUGCGCCAUGCAGGGGGGUGAUGGUGGCCAUGAGUUAUAUACAUGUCAUCAGCCCCACAGCCAGGCCGCGCGGGCAUGGAUGAUCCGCGUGUGUCAGCAGGUGCAAUAUGCCCCGUAUAGCGCGUGUUUUUCGUGCGGCAUGCCCCAAUCCAUAUGCCGUGGGUGGGAGCCGGGCCAUGCAUGCGAAUACCGCGGGUUUUUAAUCCCCAUGGUGGCCAUGAUGUUAUUCAGGCCAUGGCAGGGCCAGAUCAAGCCCAUAUGGCAGCGCUGGUUGCAGGGAAUGGGGGUUGAUGGGCAGGAUGAGGCCCAGGUGGUCCAGUUUUUAGGGCAGGCGCACCCCAACCACGAGGGGCACAGCCAGUUAUUUACAUUAUUUUGUUGGUUACGGUGGUUAUGUCAGGAGAUCGAGGUCGAUCAGCAUUGA